AUGUCGGAUCCUCUUGACUUUGUCAACAAUGUAACUCCUAGCUCGGAUCAAUCUGCGUGGCUAGCAUUGGAGUCGAACCCAAAAGUUUUCAAUGAAUUCGCCAAGAAAGUAGGCUUGGCAGAUCGUUUCGAGUUCGUUGAUUAUUAUGGACUCGGGAUCCUAAAGCAACCCGCACAUGCGUUCUUAUUGCUCUUUCCUUGUUCAGAUAACUUGUUCGAUUACCGACAGAAACAAGAAGAUGCUCUACAGGAGAUUCCUGACUAUUUGGAACGAUCGAAACACUUGUGUUUCGUAAAGCAAGUUCAGGGAUUUGGAAAUGCCUGUGGAACCAUUGCUUGUUUGCACGUCUGCCUCAAUACUCACGGGGCGAUGGAUGAAACGACACCAUUGGGGAGCUUCCGAGAGUCUUCUAAUAGUAGCACGCCUCAAGAACGCGGAGAACUGUUGCAUCAACUGGAUGCAUUUAAGUGCGUUUCCGACACAGCAGCUGUCAGUUCGGACGCCCAGACAGCUUGCCCAGAUAGAGAUGGCGUUGAAUUAGACCAUCAUUUUGUUGCAUUUAUAUGGGACGCGCAGACUGAGCGAGUAAUUGAGUUGGAUGGCACAAAAUUUGGACCCAUCGAUCAUGGGCCAUCGUCACUGGAAGACUUUGAAGAAAAGACAUGGGUAGUAAUCCAGAAGAAUUUUCUGCUAGUGGAACCGGAUUCGCUGGAGUUUUCUUUGAUGGCUUUGACCUACAAGGAAGAAUCAUAG